UAUAAAUAAUAGUAGCAUUAAUAUUAGAAACAGUAAUAAUAACGAAGAUUCUAUAAAAACUAGUUAUAAUAAUAAUAAUAUUAAUAAUAAUAAUAAUAAUAAUAAUAAUAAUAAUAAUAAUAAUAAUAAUAAUAACGAAUAUAAUAAUUACGAUAAAAUUAUAAAUAGCAGUAAAAUGAUUCAAAGUAAUUAUGAAGAUAAUAAUAAUAUUGAAUUGGACUCUAUAAAUAGUAGUGUAAAGAAAUCAAAUGAAAUUUUACCUAUUACAGAAUAUAGUUCCAGUGAUAAUAAUUCAAAUUCAGAUUCAUUUAAUUAUAAAUCUGAAUUGAAAACAUUAAAAAUCAACUAUUCAAUUUUGGUUUUUGUAUUAUAUGUAAUGUUAAGUAUUUUUUUUGGUGGAAUGAUGAUAGGAUUACCAUGGUUUUCAAUCGAGUUUUUCAAUUCAAGUGGUGUUAAAGUUUGUGAAAAAGAAAUUCAUUUGGGUUCCCAAAAACCUCCAUUACAAAAAUUUGAAGAAAAUCAAUGGGAUAAUUACCAUGAAGGUUAUCAAGUAUUAACAGUUUUUUUAGUAUCAACAGUUUUACUUUUCAUUGAUGUAUUAAUGGUAAUUCCAGUUUUAUUUUUCAAAAAUUAUUUUUCCUUAAUUCCAGAUAUUGUAUAUUACAUUUUAGAUUGGAUUCUAAUUAUUGUAGCAUUAUCCACUUAUAAAAGUUAUUAUUUCAUUCCAAAAGGUUUUGCUAUCGAUGGCUGUUCAUCCAAUAGAGCAACUUUUGAAAACCAUUUAAGCUCUGCUUUCUAUUUUGCAAUUGCCAGAGCAGCCGCACUCAAGCUACUAAGAAUAGUUGUCAGUGUUUAUUUUGUUUAUAAAGUCCAACAACUAAAACAACAAAAACAUCAAAAUGAUCAACCACAUGAAAAAUCAAAAAGUUUUACCAACUCGAUAUGUGUAAAAUCGUUUCAUGACCUCAAAGAAGUAGGUGGAAGUGAAUGUUAAAAAAAAAUAAAAAUAAUAAUAAUAAUAAUAUAAAAAUAUAAAAAACUAAAACAUCUCAAAAAAAAAAUAUAUAAUUAAAAUUGUAAAAUGAAACUUCAAGCCUAAAUAUCUAUUUAUUUAUUAUAUAAUUUAAAUAAAAUUAUUAAUUU